AUGAGGAUGGAAAAAAGAUACAUUCAUACACUUGGACAAUUGCUGAAAGUAGAAGUCCCUGAGCCGCCGCCUUCGUCUGGUGAACACUUGAAGAGGAGUGCCUGCGUCUCUUCCGCUCAGCCACACCUCAGCCAGCUCCAGGUGACACUGAUCCAUCCCCUGCCUCUUCCAGUGCCUGCUGGGCAGAAUCAAUUACUCUCACCUCAUCUCCUCCAGAUGGAGAAGGAAAUGGCAACCCACUCCACACGGCUUCCCAGGACCUUUGGACGCGCAGGAACGCUCACCCGACCGGCGACUCGGCGGGCAGAUAGGGACGCAGGCCGGCUGGAGCUUCCGAGCAUCUGUAGGCAGCGAGCACGACGACCCAACUGGCGGCUAAACUGGACGCUCUGGUUCUCGCGAUACGCCUGGGCCAUGUUCUGCGAGAAGGCCAUGGAGCUGGUCCGGGAGCUGCACCGCGCGGCUGAGGGAAGGCUGCCUGCUUUCAACGAAGAUGGACUGAGGCAAGUUCUGGAGGAGAUGAAAGCUUUAUAUGAGCAAAACCAAUCUGAUGUGAAUGAAGCAAAGUCAAGUGGACGAGGUGAUCUGAUACCAACCAUCAAGUUUCGACACUGUUCUUUGCUGAGAAAUCGGCGCUGUGCUGUAGCCUACCUGUAUGACCGGCUGCUCCGGAUUAGAGCACUCAGGUGGGAAUAUGGCAGUGUCUUGCCAAGUGCUUUACGAUUUCACAUGUCUGCUGAAGAAAUGGACUGGUUCAAUCGUUAUAAAAAGUCCCUUGCUACCUACAUGAGGUCAUUGGGAGGAGACGAAGGUUUGGACAUCACACAAGAUAUGAAACCUCCAAAAAGCCUAUAUAUAGAAGUGCGGUGUCUAAAAGACUACGGAGAAUUUGAAGUUGAGGAUGGUACUUCAGUGCUAUUAAAAAAAAAUAGCCAGCACUUUUUACCUCGGUGGAAGUGCGAGCAGCUGAUUAGACAAGGCAUUCUGGAGCACGUGCUGUCAUGA